UGAUAUGACCAAGGUAGUGAAACGUGUGUUCAUGUAUGACGACGAGUAUAUUUAUAGUCGCUCGCUCGACGUCACGUUAUAACUACACGUGGAUCAUAUAGUGGUCGUGUUUGUCGUUCCCUGAUAUACACCUUCACACGGAGUCCCCAUCCUGGUUAACCGACGUCGGAUAUCGAGCUCGUCGAGGAGAUCAACCACCAUGUCGACCACUCCGAAGUAUAAGCUGAUGUACGCCAACACCAGGGGGCGGGCGGAAUCCAUCAGGAUGCUAUUCGCGCUCAAGGGAGUCGAGUUCGAGGAUUACAGGUUCAAGGAAGGAGAGUGGCAACAAGUCAAGAAUGAUAAGACACUAUUCCCAUUUGGUCAGAUUCCUGUUCUGCUCAUCGAUGGAAAGUCAAUGCCGCAAUGUCAAGCCAUCAUGCGGCAUCUUGGAAGAGAGUUCGGUUUCUACGGAGCUAACAAUGCCGAGGCAGCUCAGAUCGAUAUCGUCGGCGAGACCAUCAACGACAUCGUUUCCAAAAUAAUGCCUAUCGCUUUCGAGCAGGAUCAAGAGAAAAAGAUAAAAUUAAUACAGGAUUUCAAAGACAACUCUUCAAAGCCGUAUCUUCCUUAUCUCAACGAACUCAUCGAAAAAGCAGGUGGGAGAUUCUUUGUUGGUAACUCGGAAACAAUAGCUGACAUCAACACGUAUUGUCUACUGGAGUUCAUCUAUGGUAUACUGGACAGCGCACGAGAGACGUACCCUGCCUUAGCGAAGUUCUUCGAUGGUAUUACGCAGAACUCCCGGCUUAGUGAAUACAUCAAAAACCGUCCUCCACUGACGAAGUAGAAACCAUCCUAUGGGGUCAAUCCUAUCUCAUCUUUUUGCUUUUACCCACUUUCGCCCCUCCCUAGGGUGUAAUUGGCAUGUAAUCCCCCCAUGGCAUACUUAUUGAAUUGCAUCAUCCAAAUUAUUCGCAAAAGAAAAGGAUUAUUUGUUGUUCGUGGCUGUAUUUUGUUUAGAUUGUUUAAUGAUAGGAUACAUAGAGAGCUUGUAUUUCUAAGCUCUGAUCGGGGGGGGGGGGGGC